CCGCGCCUGCGCCUCGGUGGUUUCUGCGCGCGCGCCGCCGGAAGUGGCGUCAGCACGGGGCGCCGCCGGAUGUGACGUCAGUGCGUAGCGGCAGCGGCCUGAGGCGGGAGCGGCGGUUGGAGCGGCCCGAGGGGACGGCGCCAUGUCCUCCACGUCACAGAAGCACCGGGACUUCGUGGCGGAGCCGAUGGGGGAGAAGCCGGUGGGGACCUUGGCCGGGAUCGGGGACGUGCUGGGCAGGAAACUGGAGGAGAAAGGAUUUGACAAGGGCAGGGUGACAGGGCUGUCCCCGGUGUCCCCGGGCCAGGCCUACGUGGUGCUGGGGCAGUUCCUGGUGCUGCGCAAGGACGAGGAGCUGUUCCGGGAGUGGCUCAAGGAGACGUGCGGGGCCAACGCCAAACAGAGCCGCGACUGCUCGGGCUGCCUGCGCGAGUGGUGCGACGCCUUCCUCUGAGCCCCCUCCCCAAAUCUGGGCACCCCAAAACCCCCCCGAGCCACUCCCUGCACCCCAAAAUCCCUCCCUGCACCCCAAACCCCCCCCCGAGCCACUUGCUGCACCCCAAACCCCCCCCGAGCUCCUCCCUGCACCCCAAAACCCCUCCCUGUACCCCAAAAUCCCUCUCUGCACCUCAAAAUCCCUCCUGGAGUCCCCAAAACAUCGAAGUCCUGGCGAGUUCCAGCUGCUGGAUGCACCUGGGAGGGGAUGGGGGCUCCCCAAAAUCAUCCUGGGGACCCCAAAACCACCCUGGGGACCCCAAAACCACCCCUGGGGAACCCAAAACCACCCUGGGGACCCCAAAACCACCCUGGGGAACCCAAAAUCCCCGUGGGGACUCCAAAACCACCCUGGGGACCCCAAAAUCACUCUUGGGACCCCAAAACCCUCCUGACCCUUACCAUGCGCCCCCUCCCCAACCCCCUCACACCUGUGGGACCCCCAAACCGGUGCUGCCACCCCCCCAAAAUUCAUCCCCGGGCGGGGGUCCCAGGGUGCCACCCCUCCCCCAUCACCCCAAAACCACCUUGGGGGGGCUGAGGGGGUCCCCACCUUCCCCUCCCCCCAGCACAGGCUGGGGUUUUGGGGUGCCGCCCUCGCAGGGGGGUUCGUGUUCAUUUGGGGCGCCCCUCCCCCCGCCAUUAGUGUUACUUUGGGGUGCCCCCGCCCCUCCCCCACCGGGGGUCUCUGUUAUUUCAGGGGUGCCCCCCCAAGUUUGUUUUUAAAACGAUUUUCUAAACAAUAAAGGUUUUGCUGUGCUGCA